CCCUGCCCAUGGGGCGGGAGGAGGCUGCUAGUGCCGGGCCGCCCCUGCAAAGGACACCGCGGAGCGGGCCGUCUGCUCGCCGGGCCGAGAGCGGCUGGGCUGGAAGCCCGCGGGCGGGGGCUGCUCGCUCCGCUCCGGGUCGGGGAGUCCAGGGAGAAGUGGCGUCUCUGCCCCGAGAUCCUCCUCCAGGUGCCACUGCGCUGCCCAGCCUGCCGCUGGUGGCGUCGCCAUGUCAAUGACGGUGAAUUUGACCGGCCCGGCCCCCUGGGGCUUCCGUAUCACGGGAGGAAGGGACUUCAGGAAGCCCAUCAUUGUGUCCAAGGUGACGGAGCACGGGAAGGCAGCUGCAGGGGACCUCCGACCUGGUGACGUCAUCGUCUCCAUCAAUGGCAACAGCACGGCCGACAUGCUCAAUGUGGAGGCGCAGAACAAGAUCAAGCAGAGCUCCGGCCGGCUCCAGCUUCAAGUGGACAGGUCCCAGUUGUUCUCUCUUGGCCAGACCAAUGGUGAGAGCUCCCCAGAGAUGUUGGCCAUGCGGUUCCAGGAUGUCGUACGAACCAGGGAUGACAGCCAGGGCUCGGUGAGGUCCUCCUACUCCAGCCCGGCGUCCCUCAGCCCCCGGCCCGGCAGCCCCUUCUCAUCCUCGUCACCCGGGUACCGGCCCGGCAGCCCCUAUAGCCCCCAGAGGCCCAGCCUGCCCUCCGAGGGCAGAGGGGAGACAGUGGCGAGCAGCCGCAGCUUCCAGUCUCUGGCCAGUUCUCCCAGUGUCUUUGAGGAUCGCUCCCCCUCACCCCACGGGCACCAGCGUCCAGGCAGCAGACAGGAGCGAGGCAGCUUGUGCCACCCGAGCAGCUCUCCAGUUGCAGCUCUGCCUCUGAUCAACCGCACACCAUCCCCUCUCGGCCCCUGGGAGAUGGGGAGGGCCCCGGGCAGGGCCUCGCCCUCGUACAGCCCCCGCAACAGCCUGGACUCGGAGCCGGCCAUGCGGCGCUUGGAGGAGGACUCCGAGGUCUACAAAAUGAUGCAGGAGAACCGCGAGAUCCGGGCCGCUCCGCGGCAAUCCAACACCUUCCGCCUGCUCCAGGUGGCUCUGGAGACUGAUGGGGGAGCGGGCACCACGACCCCCUUUCCCAGCAAGCUGUCCCCCAGCACCCACAAGCCAGUCACCAGCUCCGUGGCCGGGGUUCAGAAGCUGCACACAUGUGAGAAGUGCGGCACCGGCAUCACGACCCAGGCGGUGCGAAUCCAGGAGAGCCGGUACCGCCACCCCUCCUGCUAUAUCUGUGCCGACUGUGGCCUCAACCUCAAGAUGCGGGGCCACUUCUGGGUGGGCGAGGAGCUGUACUGCGAGAAGCACGCCCGCCAGCGCUACCAGGGCCUCGGGGAGGGCGCCGCCGCUGCCACGGCCAUCUCCUCCAAGUCCUGAGCUGCACCCGAGAGCAUGGGGCCUGGGGCUCCCUGGCUCUGCCCGCCCCCCCCUCCCCGGGGCUUCCGCCAAGCACAAACGCCACCUCCCAUGCUGGGAGUCUCACUGCCGUGUCCUGCUCUCAGCCUCCCUCGAUUGGCUGCCAGGCCCUUGCCCCUGCUGCUCCCCAGCCCGUCGGCUUCACUGCUCUUGUUGCCGCCAGCCAAUCGAGAGAAACUGAUGAGGGAGCCUGUUAGGUAUAGGGUAGCGGGUGGGAAUGGGAUAAAGAGUGGCCUUUGGCCUCUCGGUCACCAGUUCAAAUCCAGAUCCCUCUGCUCAGCCAGUCCCAGCUGGUGGUUGUCCAGCUGCAGAAAUGAGCUUGUUUGGUUCUCCGCCUGUUUCUUAAAAGGCGUCUGGCCUAAGGUGCCCAGCUGUGGGAGAUGCUUGUCCCG